GAACUCCGCAGCACGGUUUCCCAAGGCAAGGAUUGCUCAGAGUGAGGCAGGCGAGAGAGAAAGAGAGCCGAGAAAAGGGACAAAUUGCAGGAUGCGCCGCAGCUGCGCCCAGAGCCCUUAAGACGAGACUGGCUGGGGAGGCGCCAUGCAGCAGGAGGAAGAGAGUAAAGAAAAGGAAGAUGAAAUACCAGAUGGAAUUGCACACUAUGAAUUAGACAAAAAUGAGUGCCCAAAUCUCUCUCUGUUGAAAUGUAUUCAGCAGUACUGUCGAAGUGAUCCUCAAGGUGUAGAUUUGCUUCUUCAGAAAGGAUUGAUAUCAAAGAUGAUUGCCUGGUUUGGAAGUGCAAGAGAAUCUCUAAGCUCGACAGAACAAAAAAAUAAUGCAUUCCUGAAAAUUCUUAUUGAAAACUUCUUUGACACAGUGGUGGUUAUUAGCAGAAUCAGCUCUGAAGGGAGAAAGCAGUUGCUAGAUUCCUUUUUACCAUGUUUGGGAUUUCUCGCUACUGAAUCGAAUGUGAGCAGCACCGUUCGGCAAGAGGCUAUAAAGACCUUGAACACUCUGUUAGUUACCAUUACAAACGAGGAGAGGAAGGCGAUUUCUGUGUCCAAAGAAAUACACCUGCUUAUGGAAGAACUUACAAAAACAAUUUGGGAUGUUGGUGACUAUGACAUGCAAGUUGGCAUAGUGGAGGCCCUGUUCAGGCUGGCGAGGAGGAAGUGGAGAGACAACCUUGUGAACCAUUGGUUUGAAGACGAACUCAUUGCAAAGGCUUUUAAAGAAAUCAAGGAGAAGGAAUUUGAGACGGACAGCAGGAAAUUUAUUAAUGAACUGAAUGGAAAACUUGGGGAUAAAAGGAGGGUCUGUUCAAUUCCGUGUAAAGCUGCUCAUGCGGACAUGAAUCAGUUAAAUAAACCACCUGAUGACAAACUUGAGGAGUUCUGGAUCGAUUUCAAUUAUGGAAGUGAAAGCAUUAGCUUCAACUUUGAAGGACCAGAGAAUUCACUUUGGGAAUCGGUGAAAUUGGCAAAGGAAGACAUCAAUAGCUUCUCCUUGCAAGAGGAAGGGGGAGAAAAGGUUCUUAAACUGCUAAUGAAGAGCCCCACUACAAUCAACAAAAGAGAAGUAACAAAGAUAAACAUUCACUUUGAUAGCCAGUUUGACAUUUUGACACCACUCUCUAAAGUAAUGAGAACUGAUGAAACGAAGGUAACAAUGGACAAAGAUGGUAAUCAUGAGAGUGGAGAUCAACCACAGGAAAAUCCAACAGCAAGCAAUAAUCUGGAAAGAACAGAAAACCUUGUGUGUACAGUUUGCUUAUCGAACAUUCUGACAUCGCAGCAAAUUCAUCAGUCUCCAAUAAUAAAAACAAGUCCUCCUACAGGUUCCAUGGCAGCUGAAGAGAGCCAACAGGGUGCAGAAGAACAUGCCAGACAAGCUUCCAAUAAUCCAGAUGCAGCUCCUCUAACAUCCCCAAAUGAUACACUGAAAGCUCCCUCGCUGAAUACAAGUGCCUUGAAAGCAUCUCCAGUGGAACAAAGGGAUAAGACUGGCAAGCCGAGCAUAGAAGGAGAGCCUAUAAUCCAGACUGAAGAAGUAGUCCCCUUAGAGGAUGAUAAACUAGAGAAGACAAACAGAGCAAGCGGCAAACAAAUUACUGAAGCUAAGGAUGAUGCAUAUGAAUUUGAAACCUCUUCUGACCCUGCGACACAAGAAAUGGUUUUUAAAAUGAAGCAAAAAGUAUUUGUCUCAAAGUCUCGUUUACAAAGUAACUCUGGAAAAAGAAGGAUGGAAAUAAGCAAGUCUGGGAAAAGGCUGUCUUCCAACUACAAGAAGCAUCUCUUCUCAGAAAACAACCAGGAAACUUCAAGUAACAGUGCAAGUGAGAAAAGCUGGAUACUUGGCUCUCUGAAAAACUCAACACCUAAGAUGGUUUACUAUACUCGGAAAAAGCCAAGGGUCAAACAUGCUUUAAAAGUAUUACCAUUGUCUUCUCCAGACAGUGAAAGUGUUCACCAGGAAAAGAGGGUGGGGAAUUCAGCACAGCAUAGAGAAAAGGGAAAGAAAACAAUGAAUUCAAGCACAAAUAUUCACAACUUAUCACCUGUGCAGCUCAUUGGUGUUUCUUCAGUUUCUCCCCCACUUACUAGACAAAGUGGGUUGGAAAUGAUGGAUGUCACUUUGCCAUUAAGUCACCAUUCUUCAUUUAGUCACUCAGAUGAUGGAGCAAGCAAGAUAUAUGAAGCUGCAGCAGGCUCUCAGCUUCCGACAGAUACCUUCUCCAAGCCUAAGCGGAAACUUCCAGACUUGCCACUUGAUCUCAAAAAGAAGCGUUCAAAAUUCACAGAGUGGACACUUAGUAGCAAGCAAUCAACUAGCAUUCAUUUUCAACCAAGGAAACUCUUUAACUCCAUCGAGGUGGAAGAGGAGACUUCACAAGGCCAACAUGUAGAUAAAUCAGAUGAUAAUGUCUUUAACUUCAAACAAAUGGAGGAAAACAUUGAUGACUCAGAAGUCAAUGGUAUAUUUGAGAGUUUUACCACUGCAUUGAAGAAAAUGUUUUGGUCUAGGGAGAAGAGGAUUGAGAUCUACACUCAAAGUAGCUUGAAAUCACCUGGGCAGCAUUUAUCAACAUUAUUGAAUCAGAUCCAUCAGAGCCGGAUGAAUGAACUAGAAAACUUCCACAAGAUUAUUAUCCAGGAACUUGCCAAUCUUGAGAAGAGAACACAGUUUCUCUUGAGUCUUGAGAAAGAGGCAGUGGAAUUUUGCACUGAACAAUCAAAACAACUGGAGUGUAAGCUGAAUGCUUUUUGCAUUCAACAAAUUCAAAGGAUACAAUCCAUGGAUGAACUGCUGGAUGAACCCACAGAGAACUUGGACAACACAGGCCAAAAUUAUCAGAAAGAAGAAGAUAAUCAGGAACAGAGAGGCCAACAUGAUGUUGUUGAUUCCAAUUGAUUAAAAUUACACAAUCACAUUUUUGAAAAAGAAACUGAAUAAAUUACUUUCACUUUUUGUUCAACGUUA